ACUCAUCUACAGAAAGCUAGCUGAUAUCCGAUUGCAGGGGUUUAUAAACCACUGUUUGUAUGAGUGACUACAGAAUAGCUUUCGAACGAGACAUCGAGGGCUGUUCUGCCUUGUGUGUACUACAAUCUGUUCCAGCUUUUAGCAUCUGAAAGCAGAGUUCUGCAAGAAGAAAAAUGCCAAGGAAGGUCGAGGCACCAUCGGAGGAUCCCGAUCCUACACCAUACCUCUUUAUUUCUAGAGAGCAGAAAUUGAAAGAUCAGGCCAAGCCAUACGAUGGCAAAAAGAUGGUAUGGAUCCCAGAUGAAAAAGAGUGCUAUUUGUUUGGUAAUAUCCAAAGCACUAAAGGAGACAUGGUUACCGUUGAACUUGAAGGCGGUGAGACCCGUCAAGUUAAGAAGGAUCUUUUGCAACAAGUAAAUCCUCCCAAAUACGAAAAAUGCGAAGAUAUGUCCAACUUGACAUAUCUGAACGAUGCCAGUGUAUUGCAUAAUUUAAAACAACGAUACGUUGCUCAGCUUAUUUACACUUAUUCUGGCUUGUUUUGCGUUGCUAUCAACCCUUACAAGAGAUUUCCCAUUUACACAAACCGUGCUGUUCAAAUUUACAAAGGCAGAAGGCGUACAGAAGUACCACCCCAUCUUUUUGCAAUUGCUGAUGGUGCUUAUAAUAACAUGUUGACAAAUCGUGAGAACCAGUCCAUGUUGAUCACCGGUGAAUCUGGAGCCGGUAAAACAGAAAACACGAAGAAAGUACUUGCUUACUUUGCUAACGUCGGUGCUUCCACUCCCAAAAAAGGAGAAGAAAAAAAAGAGAAAAAGGCCAACUUGGAGGAUCAAGUCGUUCAGACUAAUCCUGUACUAGAGGCUUUCGGUAACGCCAAGACUGUAAGAAAUGACAACUCUUCACGUUUCGGUAAAUUUAUCCGUAUUCAUUUCGGUCCCAUGGGCAAACUGGCCGGUGCAGAUAUUGAAACAUAUCUAUUAGAAAAGGCUCGUGUAAUCUCUCAACAGCCUUUGGAAAGAUCAUACCAUAUUUUCUACCAGAUAAUGUCCGAGGGUAUUCCAGGAACAAGAGAGAAAAUUCUACUUUCCGAUAAUAUCUAUGACUAUCAUUUCGUGUCUCAGGGUAAGACUGAAAUUCCAAAUGUAGAUGAUGCUGAAGAAUUCAGACUUACUGAUGAAGCCUUUGAUGUAUUGGGCUUUACUGCACAAGAAAAGGCAGACAUUUAUGCUAUCACUUCUAGUGUUAUGCAUUUUGGUGAGAUGAAAUUUAAGCAAAGACCCAGAGAAGAACAGGCUGAACCUGAUGGUACAGAAGAAGGUGAACGUAUUGCUCACUUGCUUGGUACCAAUGCUGCUGAUCUUUACAAGAAUAUUGUAAAACCCAAAAUCAAAGUCGGUAACGAAAUGGUAACACAAGGAAGAAACGUUACACAGGUAGUUGCCUCUGUUGGUGCAAUGGCUAAAGCUAUCUUUGACAGAAUCUUCAAAUGGUUGGUAAAGAAAUUGAACGAAACCCUGGAUACAAAGCAAAAGAGACAACAUUUCAUCGGUGUAUUGGAUAUUGCCGGUUUUGAGAUCUUCGACUAUAAUGGCUUUGAACAGCUUUGCAUCAACUUCACAAACGAAAAACUCCAACAAUUCUUCAAUCAUCACAUGUUUGUUUUGGAACAAGAAGAAUAUAAACGUGAAGGAAUAGAUUGGGUGUUUAUUGAUUUUGGUUUGGACUUGCAAGCCUGUAUUGAGUUAAUCGAGAAGCCCAUGGGUAUCUUGUCCAUCCUUGAAGAAGAAUCUAUGUUUCCAAAGGCUACUGAUAAGUCCUUUGAGGAAAAAUUGAAAAACAACCAUUUGGGCAAGUCUCCUAACUUCCAGAAACCAAAACCACCAAAGCCUGGUCAGGUUGAAGCUCACUUCUCCAUUGCUCAUUAUGCCGGAACCGUACCAUACAAUCUAACUGGAUGGUUAGAAAAGAAUAAGGAUCCUCUGAACGACACUGUCGUUGACCAAUUAAAACAUGCUUCUAACCAACUUGUGAACUGGAUCUUCGAGGACCAUCCAGGACAAAGUGCUGCUCCCGAUUCCGGUGGCGGCGGCAAGGGUGGUGGCAGAAAGAAGGGUUCUGCUUUCCAGACUGUAUCUGGUUUAUACAAGGAACAAUUGAACAAAUUGAUGUGUACCCUUAAUACCACAAGUCCUCACUUUGUUAGAUGCAUCAUCCCUAAUGAAACCAAAACUCCAGGUCUUAUUGAUGCUCACUUGGUAAUGCAUCAAUUGACUUGCAAUGGUGUACUAGAAGGUAUCCGUAUUUGCAGGAAAGGCUUCCCCAACAGAAUCGUGUAUCCUGAUUUCAAACAAAGAUACACCAUUCUUGCUCCUAAUGCUAUACCUAAAGGUUUUGUGGAUGCCAAAUGUGUCGCAGAAAAAAUAUUGGAAGCUAUCCAGCUCGAUUCAAAUGAUUUUAAAUUCGGUAAUUCAAAGGUAUUCUUCAGAGCUGGUGUAUUAGGUCGUCUUGAAGAACUGAGAGAUGAUCGUCUUGGCAAAAUUGUCACUUGGGUGCAAUCUUGGAUCCGUUGGUACAAUGCCGUCAAGACCUUUAAGAGGCUUCAAGAACAGAGGGUUGCUCUUUUGGUUAUCCAGCGCAAUCUACGAAGGUUCCUUACACUCCGCAACUGGUUGUGGUGGAAAUUGUACGCUAAGGUCAAGCCUUUGCUUACUAUGGCUAAAGUAGAAGAUGAAUUAAAAGCUUUAGAAGAAAAAUUAAAGAAAGCCGAAGAAGCCUUGCAAAAAGAAGAAAAACUGAGGAAAGAUCUGGAGGUGCAUAAUGUUAAACUGUUACAAGAAAAGAACGAUAUGUUUUUGCAAUUGGAAUCUGAACGUGCCGGUAGCGGUGACGUUGAAGAACGUUUGCAAAAGACUAUUGCUAUCAAAGUUGACUUAGAAUCUCAGCUUCAGGAAUUGCAAGAUAGGUUGAACCAUGAAGAGGAUGCUCAUUCCAGCCUUAACAGUGUCAAGAAGAAGUUGGAAGGUGAAAUUUCAAGCUUGAAAAAGGAUAUGGAGGAUUUGGAACUGACCAUCCAAAAGGCCGAACAAGAUAAAGCUAGUAAGGACCAUCAAAUCCGAAACCUUAACGAUGAAAUCGCGCACCAAGACGAACUUAUCAAUAAGCUCAACAAGGAAAAGAAACAAUUGCAGGAAAUGGGUCAGAAAACUGGCGAAGAUUUGCAAGCUGUAGAAGACAAAGUCAAUCACUUGAACAAAGUCAAGGCUAAAUUAGAACAGACCUUAGAUGAGCUCGAAGAUAGUCUUGAAAGAGAAAAGAAAUUGCGAGGUGAAGUAGAAAAAUCAAAGAGAAAAGUCGAGGGUGAUCUGAAAUUAGCUCAAGAAGCAAUCGCUGACUUAGAGAAGAAUAAGAAAGAAUUAGAACAGACAAUCCAAAGGAAAGACAAAGAAAUGGCCAGUCUUAAUGCCAAAUUAGAAGAUGAACAGAGUUUGGUUGCUAAACUGCAGAAACAGAUUAAAGAACUUCAGGCUAGAAUCGAAGAGCUCGAAGAAGAACUUGAAGCUGAGAGACAAUCUCGCGCCAAGGCCGAGAAACAACGUGCUGACUUAGCAAGAGAGAUUGAUGAACUCAGCGAGCGCUUGGAAGAAGCUGGAGGUGCUACAUCUGCACAGAUCGAUCUCAACAAAAGACGUGAAGCCGAAAUGGCCAAGUUGAGGAGGGAUUUGGAAGAAUCUAACCUGCAACACGAACAAAUCCUUGGCAAUCUCAGGAAAAAACAUAACGAUGUUGUUGCUGAAUUAAGUGACCAAAUCGACCAAAUGAACAAGCAGAAGGCUAGGUUAGAGAAAGAAAAGGCUCAACUGAAGGGAGAAUUAGACGAUGUACGUUCUAGCGUGGACCAUGUAGGCAAGGAAAAGGCUAAUGCUGAGAAACAAGCUAAACAAUUAGAAAUGCAAUUGUCAGAAUUACAAGGCAAACUUGAUGAAUCUAAUCGUAGCUUAUCUGAUUACGAUAGCGCCAAGAAAAAACUAAGUGUUGAGAAUUCCGAAUUGCAGAGACAAUUAGAAGAUGCCGAAUCUCAAGUUAGCCAGCUUAGCAAACUGAAGUCAUCUCUCCAAUCACAAUUAGAUGAUGCAAGGAGAACAGCCGAUGAGGAGAGUAGGGAACGAUCUGCUAUCAUGGGUAGAUUCCGCAACUUAGAACACGAUCUUGAUGGCCUCCGCGAACAAUUAGAGGAAGAACAAGAAGCCAAAGCUGAUCUGCAAAGGCAGAUGAGCAAAGCUAAUGCCGAAGCCCAAUUGUGGAGAAGCAAAUACGAGAGCGAAGGUCUUGCUAGACUGGAAGAAUUAGAAGAAACAAAGAGGAAACUCGAUGCCAGAUUAGCAGAAGCUAUGGAAACCAUUGAUCAGUUGAAUGCUAAAUGUAAUGCUCUCGACAAAGCAAAAUCUCGUCUCCAAGGUGAAGUUGAAGAUAUGACCAUCGAAGUUGAAAGGGCUAAUGGUCUUGCAGCUUCUCUUGAGAAGAAACAAAAAUCCUUCGAUAAAAUUGUUGCUGACUGGAAACAGAAAGUUGACGAUUUAGCAUCUGAAUUGGAUGCUUCUCAACGAGAAUGCCGCAAUUAUUCCACUGAAUUGUUCAAGCUGAGGUCACAAUACGAAGAGAGCCAAGAACAUUACGAAGCUCUAAAACGAGAAAAUAAGAAUCUUCAAGACGAAAUAAAAGACUUAGUGGACCAACUUGGCGAGGGUGGUCGCAGUGUACACGAAUUAGAAAAAUCUCGAAAACGAUUGGAGAUGGAGAAGGAAGAACUCCAAGCUGCUUUAGAGGAAGCUGAAGCUGCUCUUGAACAAGAAGAAAACAAAGUUCUCCGUGCUCAACUCGAACUGUCUCAGGUUAGACAAGAAAUCGACCGACGACUUCAAGAGAAAGAAGAAGAAUUCGACAACACCAGGAAAAACCAUCAACGCGCUCUUGAUUCCAUGCAAGCAAGUCUUGAAGCCGAAGCUAAGGGCAAAGCUGAAGCUCUCCGAAUGAAGAAGAAACUUGAAAGUGACAUCAAUGAAUUAGAAAUUGCCUUGGACCAUGCUAAUAAGGCUAAUGCAGAUGCCCAAAAGAACAUCAAGAAAUACCAACAGAACUUAAAGGAGAUGCAGACAGCUCUCGAAGAUGAACAAAGAGCUUGCAGUGACAUGCGUGAACAAUACCAUAUGGCUGAGAGACGAUGCAACGCUAUGCAUGGAGAAUUAGAAGAGAGCAGACAAUUAUUGGAACAAUCUGAUAGAGCAAGACGAUCUGCUGAAACCGAACUUGGAGAAGUUCACGAACAACUUAACGACGCUUCUGCUCAAGCUUCAUCUCUCUCUAUGGCCAAGAGGAAGUUAGAAGGCGAAAUGCAAGCAUUGCAUGCUGAUUUAGAUGAAAUGUUGAAUGAAGCCAAGCAGAGCGAAGAGAAGGCCAAGAAGGCUAUGGUUGAUGCUGCUCGUCUAGCUGAUGAACUUAGAGCUGAACAAGAACACGCUCAACAACAGGAAAAGAUGCGCAAGACUUUGGAACAACAAAUUAAGGAAUUGCAAGUUCGAUUGGAUGAAGCUGAGGCAGCUGCUCUUAAAGGUGGAAAGAAAAUCAUCCAGAAACUCGAACAGAAGGUUCGUGAACUGGAAAAUGAACUUGAAAACGAAACUCGUCGUCACGCUGAUGCUGCUAAGAAUGCCAGGAAAUCAGAACGUAGAGUUAAGGAAUUGCAAUUCCAAGGAGACGAAGACCGUAAGAAUAACGAGCGCAUGCAAGACUUGGUCGAUAAAUUGCAGCAAAAGAUCAAAACAUACAAGAGACAGAUCGAGGAAGCUGAAGAAAUCGCUGCACUCAACCUCGCCAAAUUCCGUAAGGCACAACAAGAAUUGGAAGAUGCAGAAGAACGUGCAGACUUGGCGGAGAACGCUGUUUCUAAACUUCGUGCCAGAAAUCGCAGCUCAGCAUCCGUAGGUCGUGCAAUGAGCCCAGGUCCCAUGAUGAAACGUCCUAAAUCCAAACUCGCCGAAGAAUAAAUCGAUCGAAAACAUAUAUAAAUUUCUUAGCCUGCCAACAUCGACAUCCGUCCCCUCCUAAAUACUGCAGCCGGGCUAUCACCUUUCCUCUCCAUAACACCUCAUGGAAAGCAGCUGGCAGAAGCAGAGUCGUCUUCCAUUUACGCCAAUUAGAUUGUGUCAUCGUCAAAGAAGCUAUUUUUUCUGUGUCUUGUGUUUGUUUUUAUAUCGUAUGUAUGAGAAGCUGGACUACACACAAGGAUUCUACAAUAUCAGCCUCUUUUCUCUCGUUCGUGGCUUUUCUUCCGAUAAUUUAAAUAGUUAAAAAAAAUAUAUAUCGGAUGUGAAAAGGAAGAAAACUGUGUUAUUUGUUUUUUCUUGCAUUUGGAAAUAAAACAACAUUAUAACACUUUAACGAAAAAUUUUGUCUAUUGUGCUUUUGGAAGAAGAUCCAGCGGCUUUAUGUAUUAUUUUAGAAUAGAUAUUUUAUUUCUUCCCUCUUCUAUUUCAUUUUUUGUCAAUAGAAGAUGAAAGAAAACAAACGCGUCGAUACUGUUGAAGCAAUUAAUAUGCCAGCAGAGGUGUUUGGAUAAUCCUGUGUACUUUUGAACACUUCCUUAAAUAAAUACAAGGCUGCGGACAUUAUAAA